AAAACUGGUCAGUUCACAAACCAAACGGAAGUUCUGCAGCGCUACUUGCGGCUGAAUUCAGAAGUAACCCCAUAAGAUCCCUUCCGUUUCUUGACACCACCUCAUUCAGUCGGCGUGCAACACGUUUCGUGUCUCAAGAAGACUUAAAAAUGCGUUACGUGGCUGCAUACCUGUUGGCCGUGCUCGGCGGUAAGGAGGCCCCAGCUGCUGGUGAUAUUGAGAAGAUCCUCAGCUCCGUAGGCAUUGAGGCUGACAAGGAUGCCCUCACCAGGGUUAUCAACCAGCUGAAGGGGAAGAAAAUCCCAGACCUCAUCAAGGAGGGUAAGGAGAAGCUUGCCACCAUGCCUGCUGCUGGUGCUGCACCAGUCGCUGCUGCUGGAGCUGCUCCUGCCGCUGCCGCUGAGAAGAAGGAGGACAAGAAGGAAGCCAAGAAGGAGGAAUCUGAAGAAGAGGAUGAUGACAUGGGCUUCGGUCUCUUCGACUAGACCUUAAUGUUCAACCAGCUGUGCAGUUUAAAUGCAUUAAAUCAACCUGGCCUUCGAUCAUUCCACACAAUUUAGGUUAAGUUUUCUUAUUCCUGGCCUAUAUGUAGGUCGAAGAUUAUGAUCAAGUUCAGCUUGAGUUUAUGCAAAUAAAUUGUUCAAAAAAAUA